GUCUAUGGUUGACAUGUCACAGUAAAUUGUAAAACUUAUGUCGAAAUAUUAAAACUGAUACAUUGUUUUUUAAAUUAAUGCUAUAAAAAAAAGAUAAAAGAAAUAUUUGUAUUAUUUCCGACCUAAUAUAGAAUAAAUAAAUUGGUAUGCUUACUUUACUUAAUAUUGAAGAUAAAAUUGUGAAAUGGAUUCUAAUGCCGAAAGGGAACAGCUGCUUAUAAACAACCCUUCACAGCCACCAGCAGUCAAAUGUGAUAUUGUAAAUGAAUGUCAAAUGUUCUUAAGAGCUGAGGAAGGAGGUGGUGAUGCUCCCACAGUUAUGAAUCAAAGCACAACAAAUAGUGAUAGGCCUAACUUUAUUACUUCUACUCCUUAUCCAGCGAAAGAGAUAAUAUCUGAAGAUGUUACAGCAGAUCUUAUAGCAGAAGGUAAUGUUGAAGGCAAUAAUCGACAACCAAUUGAGGAUGAAGCUCAAGAGUCAGAAGAUGUAUUGCCAAGCACAGUAACAGUGUUAGAUGCUCCGGACGGAGGCAAGGUUUAUUUGGUAGGAACUGCUCAUUUCAGUUUAGAGUCACAAGAGGAUGUCUCAAAGGUGAUACAAAAAGUUUGUCCACACAUUGUGAUGGUAGAGUUAUGUGAUCAAAGAACUAAUAUCUUAUUACUUGAUGAAGAAAUUAUAUUACGAGAAGCAAAGAAUAUUAAUAUAGCUAAAAUAAGGGCCACAAUGGCACAAAAUGGAGUUUUUAAUGGCCUGAUGUAUAUUCUACUGCUGAACAUGUCAGCGCAUAUUACGAGGGAACUUGGUAUGGCACCUGGGGGCGAGUUUCGGCGUGCUAUGGCAGAGGCCAAGAAGAUUCCAAAUUGUAUCGUCCAAUUAGGUGAUCGUUCUAUCAAUGUAACUUUACAAAGGGCCAUAUCAUCUCUCUCGUGGGGACAGACGAUACGAUUCGUUUGGCAUUUGCUAACAUCUAAUCAGAAUAUCAGUUUAGAAGAAGUAGAACGGUGUAAACAGAAGAAAAUGCUCGAAGAUAUGUUAGAAGAAAUGGCGGAGGAGUUCCCACCGCUCAAACGAGUCUUUGUCGUUGAAAGGGAUAUGUAUCUUUGUCACUCUCUACAAGUUGCGGCUUUGCAACCGCGUCGGGAACCAUGUAGGAUAGUCGGUGUUGUCGGUAUCGGUCACGUGGCCGGAAUCGUGGAACAUUGGGGAAAGAUCGGACCCCAAGAUAUCACCCCGUUGAUGAUGGUGCCGCCGCCGUCGCUGUCCACGCGCGCGCUGCGCGUGUCGGUGCGCGCGGCGUGCGUGGGCGCGCUGCUGCUGGCCGCCUACAAGCUCGUGCCGCGCCGCUGGCUGCCCUGAAAUGAAAGAACUCGCUUUUUCAAGAAACCAAUGGAGUCUUCGUCGAUCUAUCGAUACGAUUAACAUAGAUCGAAUAGUGAAAUAUAUAUUUUUAUAAUUAAAUUAUAUCGUAAAUGAAAACUGAAAUGAAAUUGAGGAAUUCAAAUUGUGUUACAAUUAUUAUUAAUUCAUUUGUGGUAUAUGAUUGUAUAAUUUGUAUAUUUGAUACUAAUUCAAUUUGUAUAAAAUAUGAACAAUGUUUUAAAUCUUUAACAGAUAACGAAAAUAAAUGUUAACUUUUAGACAUUAUAUGACUGUUACAGUCUGUUAAUAUUUUGUACAAAGUGGAAUUCAAAGAAUUGAAGUUCUGACCAUAUCAGAUAUAACAAAAAUAAUAUUGAUUAAAACAUUUUAUCCGUAGAUAAAUUCAAUCUUUUUUUUUUUAAAGAACCGUUACUAACAUAACAUGCCUUUGUUAAAGUCUAAGUAUUAAAAAAAAUAAU